AUGAGCGGGACGAUCAACGAUAUGACUAAUGCAGAAGUGGGUGAACAAAAGGUGAUGGGAGUCUUGUAUUUAUCUUUCAUCCCCGGAGCACCCUUCUUCGUGCCCAAUUACGUGCCCGUCUCAUCAAACUCACCCAGUCGACCAUCUCCUCGCACUCCAACAAGGCUACGGGAAUAUUGGUCCGUCUGGGGAGAUCCUCCAGCGGAGAGGCGUAGCCGUGUGCGCUUUGCCGUUGAUGGCGAAGACCCUGCGCACUGCGACGACACUCCUCCUCCGCCACCACCUCGUCGCUGGCCGAGGAGUGCUUCACCUUGGGCUCGAACGAAUCCGUUACCUGGCAUGCCUCGAACUCCGGCACAGACUACGAGUCCGUGGCCUCUGCCGACACCGAUGCCUCAAACUCCCUGGGUACUCACACCACAAACCCCUCAGACUCCAUGGGCGCCUCCAGCUUCACAUACUCCUAUGACACAAGCUGUGCCUGAAGCGCCGAGUGCGCAGGGAGAAUCGCCAUCAUCCGAGCAAGCGCCGAGACGGGCGUCGACUCCCGUAGCCGCUCAGCUGCAACAAAAUCCGUUUGCAAAUGCAGCUCAGGAUCCUUUUGCGCCGGCUCCAGAUCCCUUUGCUCCUCCGCCAUUUACUUUCGCUCCGACCCCAGCUGUGACUUGGGUUCCUGUGACAGCAUUGGUACCUGUUCAACCAGUGUUCCAAUGGCAAUUUGGGACUCCUGCUUCCAGUGUGAACCCAUGGGCGUCUGGCCAACCAACUCUGGUACCAACUCCCGGUCCAUUUACUCCGGCGACGCUCUUCCCUACACGCACAGAGUUAAUCCCAGCGUCUCAACGAAACGCAAAAGAAGUGGGCCUCCUGGACGAGAGACUAUACAAUCACACACUAGAGUGGGACGUUCGGUUCUCUCCCGGAUCGGCACGGAUACGCCCUGCCUUGAAUUGCGGAACGUCUCUCUACGCCGACUUGAGCGCACAGGCGCUAGACGAAAGCAUAACUGAAAUUGAGAUCAGCUUUUAUGAUGUCAAGCUGUUCCCACUCUAUGAUCUCUGGAGGGGCAUCACGAUUAGACGAGAGGACACCUACCCGGCAUUUACCUCGAAGGAUAUCUUGAACGGGAUAAGCGUCUACUUCACGGCGCCUCUGUUCGAUAACGAAGUCGCAUAUCUAUGCCCCACAGCCCGACAACGCCGGCAGCUCGAGGACCAAAGGCGGGAGAGAGAGCGCCGAUGGCGGCCGAUCCCCGCAGAUGGGUAUAUCAGAGCGGACUUGCUGAACGGGCAUACGCUCUUCUCAAAAGUGUUCAUGACAAAGGUCUCGAAUAAAACUUGCCACCUAGUACUCAGCAUACGAUAA